GUGGAUGCCGUAUCAGUAUGAGCAUGCCCGUGGGAGCUACAUCAGUUAGUUUGAUAUCACGAACAAGGGUGGCCACGUAUCAGUGAAGAAGGGCGCCGCCAUCCUGCAGUGAGAGCUAGUUGAUAGUGGAGUAAGCAGAGAUAUAUAGACACAGUCACUGCUCCAGCUUGACAUCCUUUCUUUAGAGCACUUUGGGCAGUAUAACCUCUUCUCAAGAAUGUUCAGCAGCUGGAAACUAGAUAGUAAAGGAGAGCCUGUGGAAAGGCCCCAGGUAUUUGAUCCGGUCACUGCAAGGACAAUCGUGCCGCACGCCUGUUCACAUUGUCGAGCGAAGAAAGUCAAGUGUAGCGGGGAAAAGGAUGGCUGUCAUCGGUGCCGCGCUUUCUCCCGCGUUUGUGAAUACAUUCCAGCAAACAAGAAAGGGCCCGGAUCUCGAAACUCGGCACCAUCAUCGGCCUCCUCUUCUUCUUCAUCCUCUUCGUCAUCGUCUUCAUCAUCAUCAUCAUCGUCAUCAUUAUCAUCUUCAUCUUCUAGUUCUUCCCCUUCCGUUACAAACACUCCCGCCUUCUCCACGGACAUAUUGCCUCCUCUCAAGUCUGCACAAAACUACGUUGAUGUGCUGUCACCAUUGACAGAAUCUCUCAGUGACCCUGUCACCUUUAUAUGGGAUGUUGUGGGGAGCAAUGAUGCCCUCGAAGGGCGAGACAUGGUUAUGGGCAUCGGGUCAGGCGGUUUCUUCGACUUUUUACAGUCAGAUCUGAUGACCUUAGUUCCUACGGGUUCCCCAUCUGAAGUUUUGGAGCCUUUGAACACGUCGACUCAGGGUACACCUUUCUCUUUUCCAUCUAGGAUGGCAGAACUAGAUCACUAUGUCGACGAAUUAACACCCGCGCCAGGUGACAUCGUUGACGACGGGAAAGCCGUCAAAGGUUCGGUGAUAGGAUCGUCCUCAUCGUCUGUCUCACCCUCGUGUAGAUGCCUAAAUCGGUUGAUGUUAUUGAUGGAAGAAGUCGACUCACUCGCAGAUUCGGGCAUCGAGACAUUAGACCUGGCUCUAGCGACACACAAAGACGCGUUACGCCAGGGUAAUGAGAUGUUGGAGUGUACAUCUUGCGUGUUGCACAUUGAGAACAUGAUGAUGCUCACUUUCUUAGCACAUAUGUUAGCCCGUUUGUGCAAGCAUGUGGCGAGGGCGAUGGAUAAGAAUACCUCAUCGCCUUCUGGUCUCCCGCCGCUAGUUGGCCUAGACAAUCAAGGGGUUCUCUUUGGGGGUUACACAGUCAGUUGCCGUGAGGAGUACAAUGAACUUUUGAGGAUUCUCUUGAAUCGAAACGCGCGCGGUCUGUUGAAAUUUCUUACGCACCUGAGGGUUAUCUCAAGAACAUUCGAAUCGGAAUCGAUGAUCAGACGGCUAGCGGCAACCGAGCUAUUAUUGAGCACUUUUGUUUGUGAGGCGAGUGUUGGAUAAGACAUACCAACAGCAUUUUGCGUGUACAGUGUAAAGCGGGCUAUAUCAACAAAAUCAGUGUUCAAAUAUAGAGAUUCGUUCACCAAAACAUAGUACAACAUUUGACAACUAUGCACUGUGUUAUACAAUCUACAUUUACUACACCCUUGGAGUAU